CGUUGUCAUAUGACUUAAAUAGAUGUAGAAUAUAAUUUAAACAUAUACUUUGUAAAUUGUGUACCAGUUUUAUAAGUAAAUUGUGAAAAUGUAUCGUUAUGUGAAUAAUGUUACUUCAAUAUAAGAAAUUUUUUUUAUAUCGUAAAUUGGAAUCUGCUUAAAGUCAUGCCACGAUACAAGAAGGUUAAAAUAUUUUUAUAAAAAGAACAUAUUCGUGUCAAUGUAAAUAAUAAUUGGCACGAAUACAAAUUUGUUAAGUCAUGGUCGAUGAAGGAUCAAUUCCAAAUGUAUCGACGUAUGAAUAUCAUAUGGUAAAUGCUGAAAAUGCUCAAAAUACAUCUAGAGAGAGACGAAUAAAAAACGUAAUGUUUUCGGAAAUGAGAAUGAUUAACAGAACCGACUGGUUUACAGUCGGAGUGUUGUGUUUCGUUAAUUUAUUAAACUAUAUGGACCGUUUUACAGUCGCUGGAGUAUUGACAGAAAUAAAAAAUGAUUUUAAAAUCACUAAUGAUAAAUCUGGAUUACUUCAAACUGCAUUUAUUUUAAGUUAUAUGGUGUUUGCACCAUUAUUUGGAUAUUUGGGAGAUCGUUAUAAUAGAAAAGUUAUAAUGAGUAGUGGUGUGUUUUUAUGGUGUUUGACAACAUUUGUUGGCUCAUACAUGAAAUCAUUUGGAUGGUUUCUCUUAUUCAGGGCUCUUGUUGGUAUAGGAGAGGCUAGUUAUUCCACAAUUGCACCAACAAUAAUUAGUGAUUUAUUUGUAAAAGAUGUGCGUUCUAAAAUGCUUGCAUUAUUUUAUUUUGCAAUACCUGUUGGAAGUGGCUUAGGAUAUAUAAUAGGUGGUGAAGCAGCAAGAACUACUGGUGCAUGGCAAUGGGGUUUACGUAUUACCCCUAUAUUUGGUUUAUUAGCAAUUAUUUUAUUGCUUGCAAUAGUAAGAGAUCCUAUUAGAGGAGAAAGAGAAGGUGGAGUUCACUUAUCAAAUACUGCAUGGUCAAAUGAUAUCAAGGCAUUAUUAAAAAAUCGAAGUUUUAUGCUUUCUUCUGCUGGUUUCACAUGUGUGGCUUUUGUUGCGGGAGCAUUAGCUUGGUGGGCACCAACAUUUUUACAAUUGGGAUUUACAUUACAUCCUAAUGGACACAAUGUUGAUCCAGAUGAUGUAGCAUAUAAAUUUGGAUUAAUAGGAAUGGUAGCUGGUUUAAUAGGAGUUCCACUUGGUUCAUUUUUAGCUCAAAAAUUAAGAGUACACUGGCAGCAAGCUGAUCCCCUAAUAUGUGCUAUGGGACUUCUAAUUAGUGUUCCAUUAUUGUUCUUUGCAUCUUUAACUGCCAAUACAAAUUCUAUAUUAUGUUAUAUAUUAAUAUUCUUUGGACAAUUAUCAUUAAAUUUAAAUUGGUCUAUUGUAGCAGAUAUAUUAUUGUAUGUAGUAAUACCAACAAGAAGAUCUACAGCUGAAGCAUUUCAAAUACUCAUUGCACAUGCCUUUGGAGAUGCAGGAAGUCCAUAUCUUAUUGGUUUGUUAUCAGAAGGACUGAAAACAGUUCUUCUUUCAGAACUAUAUAUAAAAUACAUUGAUGCUGGAAUGAUAAAUAUAAUAAAUCAGGACGAUAUACUUCUCGAAUUUCGUAGCUUGCAAUAUGCAUUGUUUCUUACAAUGUUUGUAGCAGUGCUUGGCAGUUUAUUUUUCUUCAUUACAGCUUUGUAUAUACAAAAGGAUAAAGCAUUAGUUGAUCUUGUAAUUGCAGGUACAAAUACUUCGGAUUCAAUGUACAUAUGUAACGACGAAGUUGAAAAUGAAAUACAAGAUGAUGUGCACAAACCAUGAUAGUGGAUAUUUUAAUUUUUUGUUUAUUGCAAAAAUUUAUAAACAAAUUAUGAAAAGAAAUAUUGAAAUGCAACAUGUUUCAGCAACGAAUAUUUAUUAAAUAGGAAAAAAUAUUUGUUUGAUUCAGAAUGAGCAAUUAUUGUGUUAUAAUUUGAUUGACACAAUGAUAACAUGUUCUGAGUACAGAACGUAUAUAUUAAAGAAAUUUUGUUAGUUUGUACUUAUCCUCAGAGAGGUAAUUCUGUUAAUAAUGUACAGAAGUAUUGAACUUGAAGAGGACUAUAUUUAAAUAGAUUAAAAAUUAUUUAACACAUAUUAGAGUAUAUUAUAUGUAUUAUAGUAAUUUUGCAUCUUAUAUUUUUAUAGUAAGUUUCUUCUGAUAGAAAAUACGUUAUUCUUGUGUAGUAUGUAAAGUAAAUAUUUAUCAGAUAUGUGUAAUAAAAUUAAAAUUUUGUUAUUAAACAUUUUCAUACUUAGAAAAAUUAAUAUGUCUAUUCUCACUAAAUAUAAUAUAACAUUAAUAAUAUAAUAAUUAAUAAUAUAACAAUUUGUGUGCCUUAUGUGCAUAUAGAUAAGUUUAAUAGUUAUUAUAAAACAAAAAAAAUGCUGAGAAUAUUCAAUAA